CUCAAUCGAUACACAAUACGAAUUUUUCCGGUGUGAAGCUGGCUUUCUAAAGAUUAUCGUUGGGUUCAGUGUGCUCAGCGAUGCUGCUGCUGAAUCGUAGCGGGCCGUGUCGGAAUGUCGUGAAAAUCUCGUCGGAAAUUAACAAAAACGCAUCGUUUUUCGCCCGAAAACAAGUGCAAUCGCCGAUGGUGUGCUGAUUAUCCGAAACGGUGAUUGUUUACGUUGCAUCAGAGUGACCUGUGUGUUCAUUACAGCACUGCCUUGCCGUGUAUGUGUGUAUAUGGCAGAUCUUGACUAAAUACCGUGUUUUUUCUUUCGCCAACGAACAGUUAUUUGAGGAAUUUUGCCCAGUUGAGUCAUUUUGACAAAAUGUGACCAACAUAUCAUGUCAGAGAAUGGAGUAGCAGCAAAGCUCGCGGUCCGCCUCUUAAGGCAGGACAAAAUCGCAUCCUGCUAUUGAAAAUAACAGAAAAAAAACAUGGUCAUGAUGCGUCUGCUAGCGCUUGUUCUAACACUCAUCCACUACAAAACAGCUGAUGCCGAGCAAGUCGUGCUUUUGGAUACGACCGGCGAACCCACCCUAGACUGGACCAGGUAUCCCUACGGACCCCAAGCCAACACGCCGGGGUGGGUGGAAGAGUCGUUCACGAAUUUCCAAAAAGGCAUCAACUGGAGAUCGUACGUUGUGUGCGACGUUGCCUACAACAACGUCAAUAAUUGGCUAUGGACUCCGUUCAUAGAUAGAGGAGUCGCCAAUCGAAUAUACAUUGAAAUUAAGUUCACAAUCCGGGAUUGUAGCCUAUUUCCAGGCAAUGCCUUAUCGUGCAAGGAAACAUUUAGUUUAUUGUAUUACGAAUUUGACGCCGCGACGCGUGAGCCGCCUCCAUGGGACGCCGACAGAUACAAGCUCAUCGGUCGCAUUGCGGCCGGCGAAGGCCGUUUCAAUUCCAACAGCGAAGUGAACAUCAACACCGAAGUAAAAAGCAUCCCAGUGACGAAAAAGGGCGUUUAUUUCGCGUUUCGCGACCAAGGCGCGUGCAUUUCCCUCCUCGCCAUCAAAGUGUAUUACAUCACGUGUCCAGAAGUGACGAUUAAUUUCGCCAAAUUUCCGGCAACACCAACCGGUAAAGAAAUCACUCUCAUCGAGCAAGCGACAGGUAGUUGCGUGCCGAAUGCAGAAAUCGUCGGUGGGACGCCCACUUAUCUAUGCAAAGGGGAUGGAAAGUGGACGUUACCGACCGGGGGAUGCAAAUGCAAGGCUGGGUUUCAACCGGAUGUGGAAAAGCAGACUUGCAAUGUUUGUGGUCCUGGGAUGUACAAAGCGGAGGUUGGUGAUGAGAAUUGUUUGCCGUGUCCGGGACAUUCCACCGGGAAUGAUUAUGGACUGUCUGAGUGCCGGUGCAAUAAUGGGUAUUAUCGGGCACCUACCGACCCCAAGAAUAUGUCCUGCACUCAGCCUCCAUCCGCGCCCCAAAACCUCACCGUCAACUUCGUGGACCAAUCAACCGUCGCCUUAAGUUGGGCCCCACCUGACAACCUCGGCGGUCGCACCGACACCGUCUACCGCAUCAAAUGCGACGCUUGCAGCCUUGGCCUCGUCCAAUACAACCCCCAUACGGACACAUUCAACGACACACGUGUCACAAUCUCCGGCCUGAACGCCGUCACCACGUACCGCUUCCAAAUCUUCGCCGAAAACGGCGUCUCCUUCAUGCGGACGGAAGCCCCAGAGUACGCCGACGUUACCGUCACGACCGAAGCCCUAGUCGCCAGCAGCAUCACCAACGUGCGCGUGUCGUCCGUGAUGAGCUCGGAGAUCACACUCGCCUGGGACGCGCCGUCGGCGGCCGGCGACGGCAACGACAUUGAAAACGACUUGGUGGAAACGUACGAAGUGCGCUGGUUCCCCAGGUCCGACAUGGACUACAGUAACGCGUCCAGCUUGCUUACGACUGAUUUAUUUGCGACAAUCACUGGCUUGCAGCAAAGAACUGAAUACGGGCUGCAAGUCAGGGCCAAGACGCAGCGGGGCUGGGGGGCGUAUUCGCCGGUUAUUUUUAAAACUACCGGACAGGUGCUCAAUACAGCCUAUGUUGGGGAUGAUGAAGGCAUUAGGUUACAAUUAGUCGCAGGUUCGAUCGUCGUAGUGGUCGUUGUCUUGGUGGUGAUCAUUGUUUUCACGGUUAUGUUCCUCAGAUCACGAUCGAAUGACGAAUGUAAUAAAAAACAACCCAGUGAUUGUGAUACUUUAGAAUAUCGCAACGGUGAAGUUCAUCACAGCUUGGAUAACCCCCCUAUAGUUACAACCCAUACAAAUGUGACGACGCCGCUGUUCACUGGAAUCAGCGGCUCCUCCCGCACCUACAUCGACCCCCACACGUACGAGGACCCCAACCAGGCGGUGCGCGAAUUCGCGCGCGAAAUCGACGCCAGCUGCAUUACAAUCGAAGCGAUUAUCGGCGGCGGCGAAUUCGGCGAUGUUUGCAAAGGCAAGCUCAAAACGAACGGAAUCGACAUCGAUGUCGCGAUCAAGACACUCAAAGCCGGCUCGUUGGAUAAAGCACGCAACGAUUUCCUCACCGAAGCCUCGAUCAUGGGCCAGUUCGAGCACCCCAACGUGAUAUUCCUCCAAGGGGUGGUCACCAAGUCCAACCCCGUUAUGAUCAUCACCGAGUAUAUGGAGAACGGGUCGCUGGACACCUUCCUCCGCGCCAACGACGGCAAAUUCCAGGUGAUCCAGCUGGUGGGCAUGCUCCGGGGCAUAGCCUCCGGUAUGCAAUACUUGAGCGAAAUGAACUACGUCCAUCGUGAUCUAGCGGCGAGAAAUGUCCUCGUUAACUCGCAACUCGUUUGCAAAAUCGCCGACUUCGGCUUGAGUCGCGAGAUCGAGAGUGCGACAGAAGGGGCGUACACCACACGCGGGGGCAAAAUCCCGGUGAGGUGGACGGCACCCGAAGCUAUCGCCUUCCGGAAGUUCACAUCGGCGAGCGAUGUCUGGUCGAUGGGAAUCGUCUGCUGGGAGGUGAUGUCCUACGGGGAGAGGCCCUAUUGGAAUUGGUCGAAUCAGGACGUCAUCAAGAGCAUAGAGAAGGGGUACCGACUUCCGGCCCCGAUGGACUGUCCUGAAGCGAUCUACCAGCUCAUGUUGGACUGUUGGCAGAAGGAGCGCACCCACAGGCCCACAUUCCAAUCGAUUGUAAAGACUUUAGAUAAAUUAAUACGUGUUCCGGACACGUUGCGGAAAAUCGCCCAGAAUCGACACCUGCCACCGUGCUUAAACCCAUACUUUCGGCAAGAUUUGCGUCACGUGUCAGAACUGCCCGCGCGCGAGUCGUUUUUCGAUUACGGCCUUCCGGACGUAAUACUUUUGCAAAACUACGAAAUGUCUCAGUGGCUUUCGCAGGAACGUUUCAAUUUGAGUUCCGAUUUUGGCAGUUCUGAUCAGACGUUGUUCACAUACCAGGGAGACACUCACACGCCAUCACACACGUACACUAAAAGGGGCGCUUGGGUCACUUUUAGCAACAUUUCAACGAAUCCCUUGUCCGCCGAUGCUCCCGACUUGACGAACUUCACCUCGGUUGAAGAGUGGUUGAAUUCGAUCAAGAUGGCACGAUAUUUGGAGAAUUUCCAUGCCGGAGGUGUGAACACGAUGGACGCCGUCGUCAACUUGACGGUGAAGGAGUUAACUGAAUUAGGGAUAACGCUAGUAGGACAUCAGAAGAAAAUAAUGAACAGUGUACAGAAUAUUCGGGCGCAAAUUAGAGUCAACGGAUCUGAAGGUUUUCUAGUGUGAAUAUUAAUAACACAGUGACUGAGUGAAUUUUGUGGCAGCUUACACGUUAUUUAUUGACAAAUCAAAAAUAAUGUUAUAUUGUGAUUUUUUUAUGUAAUAUUUUUUGUACAAAUUUUUAUAUUUUCAACGGUACUAUAAGUUUGAUUCAUGAUAAGAUUACAACAAAAGAAGGGACAACACCAAUCGUUUUAUUAACUGUGAAUCAAAAGUAUACAUAUAGACGAUAUAUUUUCUACAUAUCAGUUUUAUUUAUUUAAUUUUGUUUCGUUCUUUUUAGGUAAUAAAUGUAAAAAAUGUCCGUAGCUUAAAUCCGUAUUAAGACUGUUGUCUCAUAAUUCUAAACAAUUAUCUCAAACAAAAGGGGAAUAGCAAUAAUAUAAAUGUUUUGCUAAAGUUGUUCGUUUUUUAACUACAGGAUAGGAAGAUGUACUUAAUAAUUUUUUAUACUGCUCAAAACAUUUGAUAUAAAAGCCUAGAUACUAUCGUUUAUUUUUUUAUUUAUUAAAUACAGAAUGUGCCAAAGCGCAGCCUGAACAUCAACGAGGCUGCGCCCCAAACUUCUUGUUCUGUUUAAUUCGAUGGGACAUUCUGUAAUUCUAAACUUAAUUUUAACUCAUUGACUGAUAAUUUGUCUUAAGAUUAGUCUGUUCGAAUAUAUUUAUUAUAGAAAUAAUCCAACUACGAGUACGUAACUGUUUACAUUCCAUUUUUGUACAUUUUUUAGACAAUAACCACACCAGGAUCCCAAUUUUUCAGUUCAAUUCAACGCAAAUUUUUCUAAAAGUAACGCCUAAAUGUGUGUAUGUGAUGCGAAAGUUGGUGGUUCAAUUUGUCGUAAGUUUUUCAUUUAAGACGUUAUCAAAUUUAAUAUUUCUAUAUUAAUCUGUCAUUGUAAAAUUGUAAUAUAUUUGUAAUAUAUCUAUAAGUUCAUUAUAAAA